GACUGUUUGUACAACCAUAUCCUCAGUGCUAAUGCAUAUAAGAGCAUUAGCUGUUGGUUGGGCAAACUAAUCAGAAAUUAUCAGUAGCAACAAACCAGCAGAAAAACCAUAAACCUCAAGCAGCAACUUCACAUUUCAGUUUUGGAUGCUGACUGACAAAGAACAAGUCUGUUUUCAAAGUCCCACGACCGUUUAGUGUUUUAUGCCAAAUGGCAAUGAUGUCAAACACCACCAGUGGAUUCGAGAAGGUCACAGCAAUCAAUAUCAGCCCAUCAACUGUGUUUCAGAUUGAUGGUUCACCACCGUGUGAAUACGAAGCCCAUGCAAGCUGGUUCCUCCCAGUGCUCUACUCUCUGUUCUUCGUGGUGGGCUUCCUGGGCAACAUGCUGGUGCUGUGGGUGAUCCUGAGAGGUGCUCAAAUGAAAAGCAUGACUGAUGUGUGUCUCCUGAACCUGGCCAUCGCUGACCUUCUACUAAUCUUCACUCUCCCGUUCCUGGCUCACUAUGCCAGAGAUACCUGGGUUUUCGGUAACGCCAUGUGCACUCUGGUCCUCAGUGUGUACUACAUUGGAUUUUAUGCUGGAAUUUUCUUUAUUGUGCUGAUGAGCAUCGACAGAUACUUGGCUAUCGUCCAUGCUGUGUUUGCUUUGAGAAUCCGAUCUAAGAAGUAUGGGAUUUUUGCUAGCGUGGUCGUCUGGAUUAUAACUAUUCCAGCAUCUUUUCCUGAACUACUGGAUCUUGGAAUGGAUGACCAAAAUAAUUGCGAUGCUUAUCCAAAAAUUAAUUUAGAAAGUUACAAUGGUUCGAAAAGUGCAGCUUUUUUUAAAAUGAAUGUUGUGGGCAUGUUAAUUCCACUGACUAUUGUGGGAUUUUGCUACUCAAUGAUACUAUGGCGACUUCAGACCGUUCGUACAUCAAAAAAACCACUGACUAUUCGCCUUGUUGUUGUGGUCAUGGUGGUCUUCUUCUGCUGCUGGAUACCGUACAACAUUGCAGCACUCCUCAAAGCACUGGAAUUGCGAAAUAUCCUGUCUUCAGACUGUGAGCUCAGCAAAAGUAUCCAGCUGAUGUUGCAAGCCACUGAAGCCGUGGCGUACUCACACAGCUGCCUCAACCCGUUCCUCUAUGUGUUUGUGGGUGAAAAGUUCAGAAGACACCUUGCCAGGCUCCUCCUCCAGACACCAUGCGUCCAUGUGCAGUGUUUGAAGCGCUACAUCACUCAGGUUCCGGGCUCUGUGUAUUCACAGACCACUAGUGUGGAUGAACGCUCAGUUGCUGUCUAAAUAUUGGAGUACCUUGAAAACUUUGUUUUUAACUUCUAUAAAUGUGCAUUUAGUUGUUACUGGUAAAAAAAAUGAUUCAUGGGUUAUGGUAAAAAGGAUCAAACUUCCAUAUGUAUGCAUUAUAAAACCUUGCAUUUAGACAAGCAGAAAAUACAAUAUUAUACUCUGUAGCUCUACUUUUGGUUGGUGUGGGACUCAUAAAUACAUAUUUUCCUUCUUGAAAUAAAAA